AUGUCCGCCACGAUGACCGUCACGAUGCCGAUCGCCCGACCGUUGCAGCCACCGGUCGGCUCGGAUAUUGACUUUGGCGCUCAGAUUGACAAUAUUGAUCUGGAGACGCUGACUGAUGAACAAUUCGCCGCCAUUCGCAAGACACUAUACGAGAAACACGUCGUGGUGUUCAAGAAUCAGCACAAACUCACCCCGAAAGCACAAUAUGAGCUCACGAAGCGCUUCGACCCAGUCUCCGAGAACUAUGGCCACGGGAAAACCAUCGACGCAAAACGCAGCAUCCUGCAUCCCGACCUGAAAACCGUCCCUCAUCAACCUCAGGUGCAGAUCAUUGGAAACGGCUUCGUGCCUUCAUACGAAGGGCUGAAGAAUGUGCAGCUGAGACAUCCCCACCACCGAACAUUCCACAAAGACCACAUCCCCGACGAGCAAGACUAUGAUUUCACCCGGUUCUACCGGUGGCACAUCGAUGCUGCAUUGUACGAUCUGUACCCACCACAGGUGACUACUCUGCUGGCCGUCAAUGUGCCCAAAGGCCGUCGCCAGACACUUUUGUACGAUGACGGUAGCAACGAGACCAUGGAUGUGCCCCUUGGAACCACCGCCUUCGUGAGUGGACAGCGAAUGUAUGAGCUGCUCUCGCCCGAAGACCAGGAGUUUGUGCGCACGAGCAAGAUUGAAUAUGCUCCUCACCCGUAUAUCUGGAUGAGUCCCGCACGCUCUCGAUCCACCGGGCUCGGCAUGCACUCAGAAGGCCUCGAACUACCAGAUUCCGAGCUGCCCGAGAUCGACCAAAAGAAGAUUAUGGUCUUCCCAAUGUGCUGGAAGAACCCAGAAUCGGGGAAACUCGCCCUGCAGAUCCACCCCUCUGCCGUACGCAAGAUCCACUGUGCCGACGGGACAGUGAUUGACGACUUGGAGCGUGUGCGUGAUAUUGUGUAUAAGCUGCAGCGACCGGCCAUCAGCCCUCAAUAUGUGUAUCCACAUGACUGGGAAGAUGGCGACCUGGUCUUGUUUAAUAACCGAGGCGUGUUGCAUUCUGUGGUUGGCGCAUUCAAGCCGGACGAGGUGCGCUUGUUCCGACAGUGUAACUUGGCUGCAUCGGAGCCGCCUGUUGGGCCUUGA